UUGUUUAUCCUUUUCUGGGAAAGCAGCGGAAUCUUUAGAGCUUUGAAAGUAAACAAUGUCCAUUAAACUCUAUGUACCAGAUCAUUUAUAUCCAAAGCAGCAUGGUUUUCUUCUCUAUCAAAUCCAGAUUACUAAUAAUGAUAACAAUUUUUUAAGUUCCCGGCGUACUCACUGGCGUAUGGACACCCCAUAUCCCUACUGGAUCUACACAGAAUCUGAAGCUGGUUGAGGUAUGUUUUCAUGUCCGUACUCUGUUUUUUCCCUCUUCAUUUGAUCCAGGCAAAGGAAAACCAUGCGGAUGUUACGAAUUUACUAAGAGCUCCAUGAACCCAAAAAAUGUAUAUGUACAUGAGCUCACCCUCCAUAAGUUUUGGGGGAAGUAGUAGAAGAGACUGUUGUCCAAAAUAUAAUUAUUGGUGGAACAAUCCAUUUGAGCAAACAGCAGUCCCAACAAGAACAAAAAAAUUUCUGUUUGUCUCAGCAUACGCUAAAGAUUCAGGAUACACAAAAGUUUCAUGUGGAGUAAGGCAGUCUGCCCUUAUUUGCAAUCCUAGGUGUCGGAGAGUUACAGGUGCUAUUGGGUAUCGAAAGACAUUUUACAUACAGGAAAAGUGCAGUUAUGCAGCCCUGUGUUCAGGUCAGCGCAGGGUAUGCAGAUGUUUGGGAUGGGAUGAGGAGGAAGAGCGAGAGGAAGCAAAUGAGGAUAAAGAUGAAUGUUUGUCGAUUUGUGAAUUAGGCGAUGAGGCUCAGGAAAUUUUGAGUUUGCUGAUAGAAGAUAGUUGCAGAAAGAAACGAGUUUUCAAUGGAAGGGAAUCAUCCAAGUCUUCUAGGGCAGGGAAAAGUUUGGAGAGAAAGGCAUUUUAUGCUGAAAGAACAAUCCCAGGGAGAGUUUGCAUGGAUAGAUCAUGUUGUGCAGAAAAAAUAGAUGUGGGAAAUGGUGCUGGACACCUGGGUUCCGAGUAUAGGUGCGGUAGGUUUGUCAGGGAGAGUGCCGAAAAGGGCACUGCGGAAAAGAAAGGAAGUGUAAGAAAGUCAUUGUUUCGGGAGAGAGAGAUGUGUUGUAAAGCGGGCUCGAAGGCAUCCACGAGUAAUUUGAGGAGUAGGAUAGAGUGGAUUUCUUCUUUAAAAUUGGAAAAUGAGGAAGAAAUAGCAAGACAAGAUACUUACAGAACUGAUUCAGGUGAAUCAAUGAAUCAGUUAAGGAUGACAGUGAGCUUGGCCUCUGGAGCAGGUUCUCAUAAGGAGGAAACAUUGCAAAGGGGCAAUGAGAAAAGUGGUGUAGAAAAAUCAUGGAACAAAACAAAGAACGAUAAUAUUACAUCGGGUUGUACGGUAGAAACCCAAAAGCAGGAAAAAUUUCGAAAGGGCGCCGAGGAAGCUGGGUUUGAUAUUGGUGCAAAUCAUUGCACGGUACAAUUCCAGAAGGCCAACCAGAAAACUGAUUCAAAGACAUCAUUUUCUGGUCAGAGAACUGGUGCGCAAUGGUCUUCUACAGUAGUAUCCACACAUCUGAGAGAAGUAGGAGAAGAGAGUACCAAGAAGUCUGGCUUUGAGGUAUCUAUGAAUGAUUCAAGUAAUGUCCGGCAUGCUUCUAUUGAAGAGCAGACCAAAUCGGUUUUGGUGAACGAAGGGGAGAGUUCUGGUGCGGGUUUGAUCUCAAACAAGAAUCCAAGGGACCAACUGGAUCAAAUGGAGUCAAACAAGGAAGGACACUGUACACCUCGUGUGCCAUCUGAUAAUUUAAGGAAGAUUUCGGGCUGGAGUUGUGCUACAGAACUAGAGGAAAGAGAGAAAGUGAUAAAAAAUAACGAAAAGUUUGUUGUCCGACAGCAGGAUGAAUUACAUACAAGCAAGAAGUUCGAGAAAAUCUCACAAAAGAAGGGAGCAAAGUUGGUCCCUGGAAUGGCAUCUGAUGAUUCAAGGAAGAUUACUAGGUUGAGUUCUAUCUCGAAAAUGGAGGGGCAAGAGUUAAUUGCAAAGACUACAGAAACAUCAACAUUUCAAAAGCAGGAUGAACUUGUAAAAAAUUAUGGGAGAAGUUCUAGUACGGAGUUGGAGGAAGUAAAAAGCCUAACAGAAGAGAAUGCAGAAACUGCUUCUAAGAGAUUUGGUACACUAAUAUCAUCGAAUAGAACAGCUCAGAAGUUUUCUAAAGACUGUUUCAAUUCUGGAAGCAAUGACCGUGCCAGCUCAGUGCCAGCACAGGAGCAGAAAACAUCAACUGUGGUUUAUGAGAAGGGCAAGGGAGAUUCUCAGGAAUUGCUUAAAACUUCAUCAUAUUCAUCUGUACUCAGUGAAUCCUCUCAUUCAGCCAUGCACAAAAGUCAAUCCACUAGAAUUAUUGAACAAGCAAAUAGAACUCCUGAAAGGUUAGCUCAAAGCUCUUCCAGUAAAACAGAAGUAGAUGUAUUGAAAUCUUCCAGUGGCUAUGAAACAGGCAGUAAAAAUUCCCAGAAGCUACCUAGUAAUCCCUCUCAGAAGUUAUCAAGCAAUGACAUAUUACGAACUGUAAUGGAAUCAAAUAAGAAGAAAUAUGCUGUAGAGACUGAAACAGACACAACUUCGGGGAAAUCAACACAGACUAGACUAUCAAACGAAUCUGACUACAGUUUGGGAUUUGCUUCAGCUGAAGGAAAUGAGAAAUCAACUGAGAAAACCACAGACGAGUCACCUUUGGAAUUAUGCAAUCCUCAGUUAUCAACUCCAGAUUUUCCUUCAGAAGGGCCUUCAGAGGAAGUAUGGGCUAUUGCAGGUUGGUCUUCACGAGAGGAAUUUGAAGAACUACAAUAUUCUGGUAAGAUAAAACAAGAAAAGGACUCUAAACCAUUAACUUCUGAAGAGACAUCAGAUGAACUACAGAAAAGCACAGAUGAGCAUCCCAUUUCCGAAGUGGAGAAAGGCCAGAUGGCCAUUUCAGAAAAAAGGGGAAAGGUCAUUAUGAAAAGGCAAUCAAGAGGGAUCUGGAGCUCUUUUGUAGAUUUUUGCUGUAGGCGUUGGGGUUUAAGUGAGGAAUCAGAUAAUUCAACACUCAAAUCAGGUUCAGGAAGACCUUCAACUGAAUCUCAACAUGGCGAGAAAUGGUUUUCUGUACCAGAUUUUGAAGAUCAGGAAUAUAUUGUGAAGGAUAAAUCACACAAGGACAAAAAGGAAGUGGUAGCCAGAAGUAAGGCAAAUGUUCUCAUUUCGGGUACAGAAGGAAAUACAGGUGCUGGCUUAAAGGAAGCUGAGAAAACUCAAAAAGAAAAGGCACAAAAAUCUGCCCAAAAAUGGGCUUUAGAAGAAUCUGCAGAUGAGUCACAAUUAACAAGAAGGCGUGUUUCAAGUACUGCAAAUAAAGGGCAUGAACGGCAGGAACGAGCAAAAGAAGAUGUUACAGAUGUUAUUACAGAUCCUGGGAAAACUGAGAGUAGUCACCAAGGAAAGGUGCAAAAUGCUGCUAUCAAUUGGUCAUUGGAAGGAACGUCAGCAGAUGAAUCGACAUUGUCUAGUGAACCUGUUUCAAGUCGAUUGUAUGAAGAAUGUGAUAAAUUGGAAAGCAAAAGGGGAAAGACAACUUUUGUAGACAAAGAUGAAUUGGAUGAACAAGGGGACACUGAAAGGCUAAUUCAAAGUUCAGAAAUUGAAGAAAAGAAUAAAAUGACCAAAAAGUUAAAGCGAAACAAACAAGUUCCCAAGGAAACUUUUGUUUCAUGGGAGGAAGCACUUAUACUUGAAAGUGAGCAGAGACGAGAAGAUGAAAAAUUUAUGAGAGAGGCUCUUUCAGAGGCCAGAAUGGCUGCAGAUGCCUGGGAAGUACCUAUAGGUGCCGUUUUAGUUCAAAAUGGAAGAAUCAUUGCCCGAGCCCACAAUUUGGUAGAGCAGACCAGAGAUGCAACUGCACAUGCAGAAAUGCUUUGCAUUCGUUAUGCAUCAAGUCAACUUAAAACAUGGAGGCUUGCGGAAUCAACUCUGUACGUGACAUUAGAGCCAUGUGCCAUGUGUGCUGGGGCCAUUCUUCAGGCUCGGAUUGGGAAUGUAGUCUGGGGAGCUCCUAACAAGCUUUUGGGAGCUGAUGGCAGUUGGGUCAGCCUUUUUCCUAACCAAGGUGUGGAAACGAUGCAUGCCACAAGUGAGGAGCAGCAUCCUCUUACAGUUGGCCCAGUUCAUCCAUUCCACCCAAAUAUCAAAAUUCGUCGAGGCGUGCUAAAAAAUGAUUGUUCGGAUAUGAUGCAGCAGUUCUUCAAAUUGAGAAGGAAAAAAGAGAAGAAAACUCAAUCCAACUCCUGUUUUUCUCUUACAAAUGUUCCAUCCAAGAUGUUCACCAAAAUUCAUGAAAUAUUCAGCGUGUUUUGUCUCUGAUGUUCUCUUCAUUGACUAAAUACUGGUAAUCUGUUGCUUUUAACCCAUUAAAUAAUGUUUAACUGACUGAUCAGUUUUGCAUGCACUUCAUCUUA